UUUUUUUUUUUUGUUAUCUUAACAACUGAGCGGCAAACUAAUUUCCAGUUGUAAAUAUUUAUAAAAAUUUUGCUAUUUUUCUCAUAAUUGCUGACUUACUGCGUGCGUGUGUGAAGAAUUCAAUACAAUGCCUAACAGUUCUGAUGAAGAUUCUAAUGCUAGUGAGUCCCUACUUGGGGAUGAGGACACGUGCAGCGCACAAGAGCUGGAUACUUUGUUUCAAAUCAAAUACAAAAUCGCCGAUGAAUCUGCGGUGUCUUUGAAAAAAGACUAUGUACUUAAUUUAGCAGCCGACAGGGGUUUUACACGUGUUGUGGCCGGCUUGUCGAGCGCUGCCGUACACAUCUUCGAUAUUAACGCAGAACGUACUUUGCAACUCUCUACCUUAACUGAUAUACCGGCACCAAUAAGCAAUGUACCACAGACUAUAUCCGGCGUACGGUUUUUAGAUGAAACACCCAAUUGUCUUUUAGUUGGCAGUAGUCUUGGCUUCGUUAGUCUUUUUGAUUUGCGUGCACAAAGAGAACAAGCACGUUUCGAAGAGGAUAUCGUGUGCACACAAGGGUUUUCUAAUUUCGGUGGAACAAAGGGCAUGAAUGUGCGGAAAGUGAUAAAUUGCUUCGAUACCAAUAGAAACGGUCGCAUACUUUGCACUGGCACAGAACAAAGACAUGGCAAUGUAUUUCUAUUAUUCUAUGAUAUACGACAAUGUAAACAAUUGGGUGGUUACUUUGAAAGCCAUGAAGAUGAUAUUACGUCAUUGCGUUUUCACGCAGAGAAUCCAGAUCUUCUGUGCUCCGGUUCUACGGACGGCCUAAUUAAUUUAUACGACAUCAAAGAAUCAACGGAGUUUGAUGCGCUAUUAACAACUAUUAACACUGAAAGUAGUGUACAGAAGUUAAAUUGGCAUAAAAAUGUGUAUGAAAAAGAUCUUAUUUCUUGCAUCACUCAUACCAAUGAUUUUCAUGUGUACAUCGCCGAAGAAGGUGACGAAGUAGCAAAGUUCGACCGCAGCCAAAUUACAGACGCGGCAAAAAGAACAAAAGAGGCUAAUUGUAAUGUGAUAGAUGCUCAUAGCUUGGAUAACGGUGACGUAUUUCUACUAACUGGUAUAAACGAAAACAGAGGCGAAGUAAUGCGUGCGCUGCGUUCGGGUAAACAUUUGCUACCAAUGGCAGAUUUUAUUGGAAAUAAACAAAUUGUACGCGCGAGUAUAUUCGAUCAAAAGAGUGGUGUGCUAGUGACCGGCGGAGAAAGUGGUUUUGUGACUCUUUGGACCGCCCAGAAUGCCGCCAUUGACGGAGAAUCAUUAGCCAGUAGCUCAAGUGCAUUGAAACAUAAACACAAAAAGUCCAAAAAGAAUACGCCAUAUUAAAUAGAAAAACUUGCUAGCUUUAUCAUUUUAUUAAUUGCUGUUUCCAAUAAUUAUAAUAACUAAAAAUAAUAAAGUUUACUUUCUGUUUUU